AUGAAGUUCUUGCAUAUUGGUUUGAUGACGCUUAUGGCUGGUGUCAGCAAUGUGUUGGCUCAAGAAGAAGCCAACGCUGAGGAUGUGAUGGUCAACAUCGAAGGCCAGGACAUGACCAUGGAAGAGGCCGAAGCCUAUAUGGCUGCUAAGGAGAAAAUGGGGGGUGCCCAGCAGCAGAGGGAGAUGAUCAACUUGCAAGUCAACUACGACUUGCUGGAGGAACCCUUUGCCGAUUUGCAGGACUUCAUAGUAUUUGAAGUUGGUGAAACUGCCACUUUGAACUACACAAUCCAUAACCUGGACCAGGAGGAGACCUACAGUAUCGUCGGUGUUUCCGGUGCUGUCUUGUCUGAGGUAGAUCAAAGAAACGUUGCAAACUUGACCGAGACUAAUAUCACUGAAAUUGUGUUGGCUCCAAAUGCAACUGGCACUCUAAGACACAAGAUCGACAUGAACUUGACUGAGGGUAGAUACUACAUUUUGCCAUUGCUGCACGUCAAGGACAAGAAUGAAGUCAAGAGAGUCAUGUCCAACACAUUCAAGUUGGACUUGAUUAACCAAUCCAUCUCUAUCUUUGACCCAAGCUUCUUGUCCAUCAUCGCCGUCCUCAUCGCUUUGGUUGGUGGUACUGUAUACCUCUACUCCAACGUCGUCGCUCCACCAAAGAAGAUUAAGAAGAAGGAAGCAAUUCCAGCCAAGAUUGACGAAUCCUGGUUGCCAGAUGUUCACAAGAAAUAA